GACAUCUGAGAUCUGAGGAGACAUCUGAGACAUCUGAGGAGACAUCUGAGACAUCUGGAUCCAAGCUAAAGAGCUGGAUGUGCUUUUAAAGGCCGACAUGGAGCUGCGGAGAGAAGCAGACGUCCAGCAGCUGUUGGUGGUUAAAGAAGAGGUUCCUCCUGAGCAGCAGGAGUGGAGCUCCAGUCUGGACCAGGAGGACCCAGAGCCCCCCCACAGUCUGGACCAGGAGGAGCCAGAGCCCCCCCACAUUAAAGAGGAACAGGAGGAACUCUGGACCAGUCAGGAAGGAGAGCAGCUUCAAGGGCUGGAGGAGGCUGAUAUCACCAAGUUCACAUUCACUCCUGUCCCUGUGAAGAGUGAAGAUGAUGAAGAGAAACCUCAGUCCUCACAGCUUCAUCACAGACGUACUGAACACAUGGAGACAGAAGCUGAUGGAGAGGACUGUGGAGGACCAGAACCAGACAGGAACUCAGAUCCAGAGAGACAUUCAGAGCCAGAUACCGAGACUUCCAACUCAUCUGAAUCUGAUCCUGAAACAGGCUGGAUGGAUCCUGAAAGAAAACCGUUUCGCUGCUCUGUGUGCGCUAAAACAUUUAAACAGAGAGGAAAUCUGAAUAUACACAUGAGGACUCACACGGGAGUGAAACCCUUCAGUUGCUUCGUGUGCAGUAAAAGGUUCACUCAGAAAGCCGGUCUGGACUACCACUUAAAAAUCCACACAGGAGAGAAACCCUUCAGUUGCUCCCUUUGCGGUAAAAGCUUUAGACACAAAGGGGCAGUGACGUCCCACAUGGCGACGCACACAGGAGUGAAACCCUUCAGCUGCAGUGUUUGUCACAAAAGAUUCAGGGCCACGUCGCAGCUCAAACAUCAUAAGUGUGUCGGUGAGUACUCGCGGCGCCACAGGAGCCGAGGAGAUCAACGCAGCAAACCGCUGAGCUGCUCUGAAUGUGACGCCACGUUUCCCAACAAUUACCUCCUGGUGACCCACAUGAGGAUGCAUAAAGGAAAGACACUGUUCACCUGCUCCAUUUGUGGUCAAAAACGGCAGUUCAGUUCACAUCUGGAGAUACACAUGAGAACCCACACGGGAGAGAAACCUUUCAGCUGCUCUGUUUGCGGUAAAAGAUUUUCUCAAAGGGGAAUUAUGUCUCAACACAUGGCGGUCCACUCGGGGGUGAAACCGUUCAGCUGCACUGUCUGUGGCAGGAGAUUCUUUUGGCACUUUCAGAUCAAAAAACACAAGUGUCUCGGUGAGUUCUCACAGUUCAGAAGAACUGGCUUUAAUGAAGAGGACUGUGAAGGAUCAGAACCAGCCAGCUCAGAUCCAGUUAGACAUUUAGAACCAGAUACUGAUAAAGAGACUGAACCAUCUUCUGAACCUGAUGACAGUGUUGACGUUGAGUUUUGGAGAGAGACCAGGAAACAUCAGUCAGGGUUCACUUAUCGCAGAAAUAAAAAAGUCUCUGUUAAUGAUGGAUUUAAUACCAGCGAGAAACCAUUCAGCUGCUCUGAUGACAAGGCUGAAACUGAUCCCAAGACUGGUGACAGAGUUGAUGGUGAUCAACCUCCGUCAGAUCUAAAGCGUAUAAAAGCUGAGGAAGUCUCCGUCAGUGUCUCAGGAUGUAACACUGACAUGAAACCUUUCAGCUCCUCUGAGUGUCAUCAAAGAUCUGAAGAGAGUCUCACUCUGCUGACACUCAAGAAACCGCCCACAGGAGGGAAACCAUUCGGCUGCUUAUUUUGCGGAAAGGGAUUUUCGACAGCAGGACAUCUGUCUCGACAUAUAUCUGUCCACACAGGAGAGGAUCCGCUCGGCUGCAUCGUUUGUCAGGAGAGAUUCACUCUGGAGUCCCAUCUGGUCAGUCACGAGUGUGUCGGUGAGUCCUCCCAGCUUCACCACGACGAUGCGCUGGUCGGCAGCUCUCAGAGCGGAGGAACGUGGAACCCGAAGCACCAGCUGCAGGUUCCCAGGAGACUUCACACAGGACUGAAACCAUACGGUUGCUCACUUUGUGGUAGAACUUUUGCAGAGCAGGAAAGCUUACGUUCUCACAUGACGUGUCACUCGGGGGAGAAACCUUUCCGCUGCUCCGUGUGUAACACAGGAUGCAGCGACAGCGAGUCUUUAGUUCUACACAUGAGGAUCCAUGCGAGACAAACGCAGUUCAGUUGCACUGUUUGUGGGAAAGAAUUUGCUUGGAGAAGACAUCUGGAAAAACAUCUGGAGGUCCACUCAAGGGAGAAAGUCUACAGCUGCAGAUAUUGUGACCAAAGAUUCAGUUGGCAUUAUCAACUGAAAUAUCAUCAGUGUGUCGGUCAUCGGUACUCACAGCUUCAUCAGACUCAGACUCAGAACAGAGAGGCAGAACCUCCAGCCAGCAGCUCAGCUGAUAAGCAGGACACAGAAGCUGAUGGAGAGGACUGUGGUGGACCAGAACCAGACAGGAACUCAGAUCCAGAUAGACAUCCAGAACCAGAUCCUUAUGAGAAGACUGGAGACUCUUCUGAACCUGAGACUGAAGACAGUGAUUUUUGGGAAGAGAGCUGUGGACGUCUGUCAGGUUUAAACUCUCUGAAACAUGAGGAAGUCUCUCAGAGCGAUGAAACAUUUAACAACCACCACAGAGGAAGUCAUCCAGGAAGGGAAGAGUUGGCAGGAGGAGGAAGUCUGAGCCAGCACAUGGACCCAGAGCCCCCACACAUUAAAGAGGACCAGGAGGAGUCAGAGCCCCCACACAUUAAAGAGGAACAGGAGGAACUCUGGACCAGUCAGGAGGGAGAGCAGCUUCAAGGGCUGGAGGAGGCUGAUAUCACCAAGUUCACAUUCACUCCUGUCCCUGUGAAGAGUGAAGAUGAUGAAGAGAAACCUCAGUCCUCACAGCUUCAUCACAGACGUACUGAACACAUGGAGACAGAAGCUGAUGGAGAGGACUGUGGAGGACCAGAACCAGACAGGAACUCAGAUCCAGAUAGACAUCCAGAACCAGAUACUGAUGAUAGCGUUGAUAGUGAUUUUUGGAAAGAGACCAGAGAACCUCAGUCAGGUUUAAACUCUCUGAAAAAUAAUGAAAUCUGUGACAGUAUUAUGGGAUGUGAUUCUGUCAACAAAGAUGUCAGAACGUCAGAGUGUCUUGAACCCGAGAGCGACGACAGCGUUGACAGUGAUUUCUGGAAAGACAACAGGAAGUCAGGUGUAAACUCUCUGAACAAUAAUGAAGUUCCUGAAAGUGAGAGGAGAUACACCGUCACCAAACCGUACAGCUGCAGCGAGUGUGGGAAAAGAUUUCACCACGAUUACAACUUAAAGAACCACAUGAAAUAUCACACGGGAGAGAAAGCCUUCUUCUGCUCCGUCUGUGGUCUAAAAUGUCUUUACAAGUCCCACCUGGAGAUCCACAUGAGAACUCAUACCAGAGAGAAACCAUUCCCAUGUCCAGUUUGUGGUAAAAGAUACGCACACAAGGCCAGCAUGCAGUCUCACAUGGCCGUCCACACCGUGGAGAAGCAGUACAGCUGCAGCGUCUGUGGGAAAGGCUUCGCUUGGUACACGGAGCUGAAAUACCACCAGUGUGUGGGCGAGUCACAGGAGAGCUCAGACCGGAGAGAAGCCGUGUGACUGCACACGGAUGAUGAACAUUCACUCAGCUGUGUUCGUCCAGUUUUUACAUUAUAAGACAAAUCUGUAUCUUCUUAAUGUCUUAUUGUCCAAAACCACAAAAAGAUUCAGUUCUGUGUUUAUGAUUUAAUAAAACAGCUUCGUCACAUUUGAGUAUCUGGAAGCUGCAAAUAUUUUGCAUUCUUACCUACAAAAAUGAAUGAAACUAUUCCAAAUUUUCUGUCAACUGACUAAUUUAUCGAUGGAUUGAUCGAUUCUACCGAGGAGCUGCCGGUUGAGCUUGAGUUUCUUACUUUCAUUAUGUAAAUAAGUGAUUCGCUUUUUGAUUUCAGUUGAGAAAUUUAAACCCGAUAUGAUGAUUGGUCUUAUUGUUUGUAUAAAACUUGAUUUCCCUUCAGUCCGUCUUUUUAUUUGUUUUUAAAAGUGAUGACAUCAUCAGAGUCUGAACUUGAUCCGGUCUGUUAUUUUUUCUUCAUAUGAACUGAUUCAUAAAUGCUGAAUCAUUCAUAUGUCACUGUAACUUUAAGUUAACAUGGUGGACCUCGUUAAAAACCACAGAGGAAGAUUCUGAUCAAUAAA